AUGCAUGGUCUAAAAUACAAUAAACUAAUAGGAGAUGGAGACUCAAGCGUUACAAGAAGAUUACAUGACAUAAUGCCUUAUGGCCCUAGGCUACGAGUAAUAAAAAUAGAAUGUCGGAACCAUUUAUUGCGAAAUUAUGAAACAAAAUUAAGAACUAUGACGAUAAAUAAUAAGUACCCGACUUCGAUAAGGAAUCACUUAAAAUCAAAUAUGAAACGCUUUGGGGCUGCAAUAACUAAGGCAAUUGAAUAUCGCAGUGGUUUACCAGGCCUAACAGAUUACCAAAAGGCAGUAGGACUACGGCAAGACAUAAAUAACAGUUUUCGACACAUUAUAGGUGCCCAUGAUCGAUGUGAGGAAUACCAUUGUAAAAAACCACGACCAAUUAAUGAAAAAAAUUUGAUCGAAGACACCGAGACUUCAGGGAUUGUGAGCGAUAUAUCCCAAAUAGUAUCUCGUUUAGUCGCAAAUGUUGAUAGUUUACUGAUGAAUGUUGACAACAACGUGUGUGAACAAUUCAACAGUGUAAUUAAUAAACAUUUAGCGGGUAAACGAAUAAAUUAUUCACAAAGAAAUUCGUACAAUGCUCGAGGCGAAGCAGCGGUUAUAUCAUGCAACUCAGGUGGACAAUUUUUUCGGUUGAUGCAUAAAAAUAUAGUCAAUGAUAUAAGUCCAGGAGAAAUAGGAAAAAAAUUCCUUACAUUUAGUAAAAAAAAAAAGAUCCCAGCCAAAAUCUAA